AUGACCACGGACAUCCAGAAUCUCAAGUCCUUCGAUCCGUUCGCGGAGGCUGAUGAUGCUGGAGGAGAAGUAAAGUCUACUCAGCAAAACUACAUCCAUAUUCGUAUCCAGCGCCUACCUAAGAAGUUCGACCAGAAGAAGAUUCUCAAAGUCAUCAAGAAGAAGUUCGCCUGCAAUGGCACUGUCGUCGCAGACACCGAGAUGGGAGAGGUGAUCCAGUUGCAGGGAGACCAGCGCAAGGAUGUUCAAGACUUCUUGACUGACAAGAAGGAGGGCCUGGGCCUUGAUGGCAAGACCAUCAAGGUCCACGGUUUCUAA